AGCAACUUGAACUCAAUUCGCGAAGCGUGACUGCCAAAUGCUGAUGUAACACGAGGUCAUCUUUACCCACAGAAUAGAUGUGUUAUUCCUUUAGGUAAUAAGUAAUUUCUUCGUUUGAAAAACUUUGCGUGAGUGCGCAGAGACACCCCCUUCUCUGCUUUUUUCCCUGUCACGGAGGCACCGCCUCAUCUUGUUGAGGGAACACGCCUCCUUGUCUUUGCUGUCUCCCUGUUCUCGACUUACCAUACAGUAGGAUACUGACAGAGCAAGCGGCUGGACAAGCGCACCCGAGGAGAACGCGAGACCCAGCGAGGAAAUAAGGAACCCGUGACGUGCACGCGCGGGCUGGGAAGGCUAGACAUGAGCCCAGUAGCUGCGGGGAGAGGGUCAGCAUGGGAACUGCCCAGACUAUAACGAGCCUUAACACCUGUGUGAUUACAAUAACACGAACAGUUGUUCUUGCACAGUUGUGUGCUCACCCUACACCUGCUGUGCCAAGGACCUCGGAUCUUAAAGCCAGGAUACGCAGUGUGUAGUAGUCUUGCUAUACUAGCCGGUGGGGUAUGGCGUGGGUUAAGUUAUUCCGACGCCAAGCUGGAGGCAAUCUGGGGAAGGUCUACCAGCCGGGUAGCGUACUAUCCCUGGCCCCAACCAAAGGCCUGUUUAAUGAGCCCGGACAGAAUAGCUGCUUCCUGAACAGUGCCGUGCAGGUGUUGUGGCAGCUGGAUAUAUUCAGGCGCAGUCUGCGUGGACUCACAGGACAUGUGUGCUUAGGGGAUGCCUGCAUAUUUUGUGCUCUAAAGUCAAUCUUUGCACAGUUUCAAACCAGUCGGGAGAAAGUACUUCCAUCAGAUGCUAUGAGACAUGCUUUGGCAGAGAGCUUUAAGGAUGAGCACCGUUUUCAGCUUGGGCUCAUGGAUGAUGCUGCCGAAUGUUUUGAAAACAUACUGCAAAGGAUUCAUUUCCAUAUUGUGCCAAAUAGCGAGGGUGAUAUGUGCACUUCUAAAUCCUGUAUUACCCAUCAGAAAUUUGCAAUGACUCUGUAUGAACAGUGCGUUUGUCGAAGCUGUGGGGCUUCAUCAGAUCCGUUGCCUUUUACUGAAUUUGUGCGCUACAUUUCAACCACAGCCCUUUGUAAUGAAGUUGACAGAAUGCUAGAGAGACAUGAGCGCCUCAAGCCAGAAAUGUUUGCUGAGUUGUUGCAGGCUGCAAACACUGCAGAUGACUUUCGUAAAUGCCCGAGUAACUGUGGCCAAAAAAUCAAAAUCCGUCGCGUAUUGAUGAAUUGUCCUGAGAUAGUGACAAUUGGCCUGGUUUGGGAUUCUGACAACUCUGAUUUGACAGAAGAUGUUGUACGAAAUUUGGCUACACAACUCUAUUUACCUGGGUUAUUUUUUAGAGUGACUGAUGAGCAAGCAAAAGAGAGCAGGCUUUAUCUGGUUGGUAUGAUUUGCUACACAAGUCGACACUACUGUGCCUUUGCCUAUCACACUAAGAGUGCCAGAUGGAUUCUUUUUGAUGAUGCAUCAGUGAAAGAGGUUGGGACAAAAUGGAAAGAUGUGGUCACAAAGUGCAUUCGAUGCCAUUAUCAGCCUUUGCUUCUGUUUUAUGCAAAUCCUGAUGGCACAGCAGUUUCUACUGAAGAUGCUCUGAAACAGGUCAUGCAGUGGUCUCACUAUAAAACGGUUUUGCCUAAUGUAGAAGAUGCAGGAAAUGAAAGAUUGGCGGCUGCACCAAAGAAGACUGAAUAUAAUAGAGACCAGGAGUUUGGAGAACACGCAUAUCAUCACAACAAUGGUUAUAAAUUUCCGGUGGAGGAUUCUGCUUUUAACAGAGCAGUUACUCAAUCAAGUAGUGGCAGAGGGCCAGUUAAAAUAGCUCGUAAAGAUCAACAAGAAAAGAUAAAGGUUCUAUCCAGAGAAUGUGCUCAGAGAGCUGUUGAGCUAAAGGGCAUACCAUCUAAUCAGAGAAAGAAUGUGGAAAAAUUUCAGAAGAAAGAAACUACACGAACCAAGGAUUCUUCUGGUGGUAUGGUAUAUCAAUCGAGGUCCUUUUCAGGAGGUCCGCUAAAGUCUGGCUCUCCUCCCUCUGGUGGCUUCAGACCAUAUCCUGAUCAGUUUGUGUACUACAGUCAAGGAAAGGGUCCAUAUAAACAAGAAAGGUUGUUGCACCAGCCUAGACAAAUGCCUUCCUCGAUGGGACAGGCUCCUCCUGGUCCUGAAGCUAAGCAGAUGACCCGAAUGAAGAACACGGUUUCCACUGAUUAUGAUACAGACAGUAGUCAGGAAUACAAAAUGAAAGGCACCCAGAGAAACAAGAAAGCUUGGCGUCCCAUGCGUGAAACUCUUAAUGUAGACAGCAUUUUUAAUGAGCAUGAUCUGAGACAACCAAAUUCCAGACAUUUAGAAAACUCAAGUGGAAAACAGCUUAUAAAAGAUCAGAGCUCCAAUAAUUGCUCAAAAGAGAGCCCUAAAAGAAAAAUCCUGAUGACUAUUUAUGAGGAUGAAAUUAAACAGGAAUCUGGCAGCAGGAGUUCGUUGGAGUCUUUAGGAAAAUGUCAGACUGAUCGAAACAAGUUUAAUCCGGAUGCAAAAAUGUAUCAUCUUGAUAGCUGGCAGAUGCAGAGAACAGAGUCUGGCUACGAAAGCAGUGAUCACAUUAGCAGUGGGUCAAGCAAUUUAGAUUCUCCAAUCAUUGAAGCAACAAGCUUUACAGAUAUAAAGGGCCUUCAAGAAACCAGUAUGUGCAGUGAUCAGCAACAAUCGGGAAGUGUGUUGCUUUCUACUUCUCCACAAACGAGAAACAAUUUUACUGGUUUCAAUAAAGAACACAAUGGCUUGGAGCAUGGCAGAUAUGAAGAUAGACUUUCUCCAGACCAACGUGAAGCAACACACAGCCCUUCAGGUCGAAGGAAACACAUUGAUUCCAAAAGAGAACCGAGGUCAACAAACUUAUUUGCUAUACCUACAAAUUACCUUCUGAGAGAUAAUCAAAUGGGCAAAUUGGACGAUAAACAAGAAUAUUCAAACUGUGUUAAUUCCAGUUUCCCAGAAAAUGGAAAUUGUAAUUGUGAACAUUCUUCUUUAGGAAUGACUCAGGUAGUUUCAUCAAAAAUUUUGAAUUCUAAUGAAGUAAUUCAUUCUCAGCUACAACAGUCUGUUGCAUCAACUCCAGGUCAUUCACAGAUAGCAUCUCAAAACAGACACAUGUACAUGAACUCUCAGUUUACAAUGAAUGAAAAUCUGUUAAAUCCGUCAUGCAGCAGAGAUGUUAAUUGUCAUACACGUCUAACUGACCUAAACGAUAUACCUCCUCCUUUGCCCCCCAAGAAAUAUGCACGAAGUGCUGUGUCAAGACUUGAACAAAACUUUGCACCAACAAUCAAUAUGGAACUUUCAGAUACAUUAUCAUGUAUUCACUUAAACUGUCCUGAAAGGCACUUACCAGUUGAUUUAAUAAAGCAUGAGGCAGAAGUAGACUACUACCCUAACAGAGACACAUUUAAUGGGAAUGAACUUUAUGUGAAAGCAAACUUGGCUGGUUCUUCAGUUUAUGACUCUGGGGCAAAUAUGGUUCACGCACAUACAUUGGAUGUGGUUUCCCCAGGUGGACCUGAUAUGGUUUCGCUUACUACAUACUUUUCAGUGGACAACUGCAUGACUGACACGUACAGGAUGAAAUACCACCAGAGGCCUAAGCUAUACAUGGCUGAGAACGCAGGAUUCCAUAGAGAUCAUGGGCAUCUACCAGAAACUGUAAUAGAACCAGGGUAUCACAAAACUCUAGAAAAUGCCCAUCCAUCAUUGGCAUCUAGAUCAAAACCAACUUUUGGAAGCAUACCUUGUAAUAGGUAGACAAUGAUAUGUACUGGUCCAUAUGGUUCAUUUCCAUUUGCAAUUACUUGCACUCUAAUGACAUUAAACAGUGUUUAGGCAAUGUAGGUUCUUUAGAUACUCAAGUAUGCACUCCUUAGAUGAAUUUGCACAUUCAGAUUCCCCACAUGAAUAGGUUUGGUGUAUUAGAACACAUGGUGAAACCCAUUUAUAUUAAUGAAAGCUGAAUUAACAUUUUUGUUUACUUAAUAUAAAAAGUAAAACUUUGUUUUAAUGUGCAAAAUAACCGCAAAUUAUACAGUUACAGGCAAUUAUUGAAAAAGUAUGAGUCAAAACAUUCAGAUAUGUAUAUUUGUCUUUUUCAAAUUCUAUCAUCUCUAUAAUGUGCAUUUUGUGAGGCUGCUUUCUAAACUUGUAUUGGUAAGAGCAUUGUGCACAAUUUUUCUUAUGACUGCUAAUCUACUAGUUCUUAUUAGGUCAUCUUGGUUUUGUCUAGAUCAGAUGUGUGCCAGCUACAAACCUGAUAAAUCACAACACAAGGCCUAACUUUACUGACAGACUUAAAAGAACAGUGUUUUUAAACUAUACAGGAUAUGGUUAUUUUGGAUGAGCAUCCCUGCACAACAAAUUGUAUGCAUCUUAAUUUCCCUUCAGUCUUAAAGUAAUGGAUUCUAUGCUUCAUGGAAAACCGUGUACAAAAUACAGUCCUUAAUUACGGGAUUAAAUUAAUAUAUUUAUUUUGUGGGGUUUAGGGAGGGUUUUGUUUUGCAAAAUAAGUCUAUUUGCUAAACUUUAGAUUGCUUCUUUUUCCUAUACAAAAUGUUUUUCUUAAAAAUAGCUAGUUAGUUUUGCCUUAAGUUGCCUCUCAAUGCCUAUAUUGAUCAUUUUUUAAGACCUUGUUAGAAUUCUGGGUGUGUCUAUCCUUUAAAUAAUUGAUUGCUAACUUUCUAACACAUGGUCCCCAGUUUCAUAUUUUUGAAGCCUUAAGGGUUACAUGUAAAUUUUCUGGCUAUUAAACACCAAAUAAUAUAAAAAGCCCAGUGGCACAGGGGAUAUACGUAUGGUUGCAAGGUAGCCUCUGUUUGCUUUUCUCCCUUCCAGAGGGCUCUUUUGAGUUUUGGCCACCCCAAAACACAUUUUUAUUUUAGUUUUUUUCCAGGGGCCACAAAACCAUGGCAUACAUUCUUGGCUCUGUUUUUUUCCCAGGUGUUGCAAAGAGUAGUACAGAGGGCCACGUGCGGCUCUUGGGCUACCAGUUGGCCAUCCCUGCUUUACAUAAUUAUCUUGUUACUAAUGGCUGCUUAAUAUUUUCUGAUGUUUUGUUGGAUUAUAUUUUUAACUUUAGUAGCUAAUUAUCUCUGUUUCCCUGUGGUAAUUUUGAUCAUUUUAUAUUUCUGUAAACGUAUUUUGAAAGUUCUAAGACCGUUUGAGGGCUGUCAUCUUAAAAGGCAUCCUGCCUUGGUAUUUUAUUUUUACUUCUAAACAGACACUUGCUUUAUAUACGCCAUAUCAACAAAAACAGAAUGUUAUCUCUAGCUAAAUGUCACAUGACUAUACUUAUAGCACAUUCAAAGUAAACAUAUUAGCACAUAUCUACAAACAUAAAUUUGAAAUAGCCAUAUACUGAUUAAUUUUCACCAAAGGUAACAAUAUUGACUAUUGUUUAUGUAAGAUUUCCCUUAAGUUAGCCUUACAAUAUUGAGCAUCUUAUCUAUAAAUUUGAAAUGUUUAUCAAAAUGAUUUCUCCGUCUUGAUUAAAGUGACUAUUAGAUAAAUAAAGGUUCAUUCUUUGACUUUUAUAGUUUUAGUGUAAUAAUGAACUGCCAUUGACUACUUCUAGUCUUUUAAAUAUUGAGAAGCUUUCUUUUUAUAAAUAGCUUUAUAAUUUCUUUCAAUUAUAGUUUAUAUAAAUGUAUAUUAAAUCUCUAUUUUAAGGCUGCUAGUAAUGUUGAUUGAACAUUUUAUUCAAUUGAAUUUUGUUUGGUCCAAUUUAAUAUAGUUUCUUAGAAUUACCCAGUUUUAAUUUUGUAACAUGAACGCGUUUGAUCUUGCAUACCUAGUUUUAAUUGGUAGUUCUCUGUAACUACACCCUUUUUCAUACAUAUGCAAACUGUAUUUUUUCUUCACGCAUUUUUCCCAAAAGUUGGUUUGUAGUAUUUAUCCUGUUUUAUUCCCAGUUAUUUCUAGUUUUACUCUUCUAUACAUUUCAACAAGCUGCUUAGGUCAUCCUUUUGCCUUCACAUUAAAACAUGCUAGUAAUAGUAUUGUAUUCUAUAGACAAGCAAUGUAAAGCACAUAUUAUUCACAUUGAAUAAAUUUGUUUUUCUUUGUUAAAGUUACUCCUCUAGUGCAGGGUCACCUAUUAAUCUAAAGGACCUGACGACUUGCACUAAAUCAGUGAAACGUGCACCUACAGUGAUACCACUAAUUAUAUGCCUUUUAUAGAGGAUACAACACGCUCCAUUGCUGGCUGAAAACUAAUAUUUUUACCAUUGAAAGACUAGGAUGCUUUAAAAAUGUUUGUUGGUAGCUUUUCUAAAGUGUAGUAAGUCAGCUCUUAUAUUUGUAUGGCUUUGCUUCUCUGCCUAUUUAUUUUAUAUAUAUAUUUUUAUAUGUUCUAAUGUAGCGAUACAGAUUUGUACUAUAUGAAAUAUAUUUUAAAACUGUAAUAUAACCUAAAUACAUUUCUAAACCUUUUUGUGAAAUGAGCUUGGUAUUUUUAAUGCCUUUUAAAUUUGUUUCCUAGAACUGCGUUUGAUCUGGGCUUUUGUUACUGUUAAUGUUUUGUAAGUCUUUGUACAUUUGGAAUUUGACAACUGCUAUUGUAUUCAUACCAAACUAAAAUGUUUCACCUUUACAGUGCAAUAUAUAUAGUAAGUAACUGUAUUAGAGUAGUUUUAAAACGAAACCAGUGGAGCCUUAAAGUGUGCAUAUCUGAUAGUAUUGGCACAAUGUGAAUAUAUUUCAUAAGAAUGUAGUGUCAGUAACAAGCUUUUUAAUCACAAAGUAUAUUUUAAAGUUUUUGGAGCAAAUUUGCACUACAAAUACUAUGAAAAACUAAUUUCAUAGGACCUUUUGAUUUCUUUAAAAGAUCCUCAGCCACAUUGAAAUAGAAAUGGGUAUGAUGAGAUUUUAUUUUUUUGUGCAGUUGUCAGUCUGUUUCUGGUUACUCCUGUAUGCAAAUGUUAAUAUGUGAUGACAAUCAAGGAAAUCAUUGUGCACAUUCAUGUAAUAAAAUAUUUUUAAAGAG